AUGGCUUUGGUGAUGAAAGACAGUCGUUACAGAAUCACCCACCAACAAUGGACCAAGCAGCAGGAGGAGCAGCACAAUCAGGACUAUUGGACUUGGGAGGAGAUACUGGAUGGAGAUGGACCCUGGACGCAGCCGGGGGAAUAUCGCCACCCCAAGGCAGAGCUGGAGGCAGCCAAAGGGGAGAGGUGGCGGUAUGAAGAGGCAGCACGGCAGCACGGCUGGAAGCCCGAGAGGCAGACCCAAAAAUGUAUUGGGGGGAGGCACACGGGGAGUGUGGUGAAACCAGCUCCCCGCAUCUGCCGGGCUAGGGUGAGGAUCCAGCCAGGGCAGAUGGUGCCAGCCCUGCUCUCCAGACAGCCAGUGGGUCUCCUCGGGCCAGGAUAUCCUGCGCCGGCGUUGCGCUCUGUGUCUCCUGUAUGUCUGCACAGCCCAGUGCGUCCUGUGCCUGCGCCCCGCACGGGCCGAGCUAGAGUCACCAUCCAGCCAGGACGGGUUGUGCAGGCCAUUAGCUUGAGACCUCCACCAACACCACGCACCAGACCUCCAGUGCGUCUUCAUAGUCCGGUCUAUCCAGUACCACCAGUGCCAACACCACGCACCAGACCUCCAGUAUGCCUCCACAGCCCAGUACAUCCUGUUCCUCCUCCCCGCACUCGCCCUGAGGUGCGUGUCUCCAGCCCGGUUCCCCCAGUGCAGCACCAUGUACCAGGCCUAUUGUGCGCCUCCAGGGUCCAGUACACCCUGUUCCUCCUCCCCACACUCGCCAUGAGGUGCGUGUCCUCGACCCAGUACCACCAGUGCGGCACCACGUACCAGGCCUAUUGUGCGCCUCCAGGGUCCAGUACUCCCUGUCCUCCUCCCCGCACUCGCCAUGAGGUGCGUGUCUCCAGCCCGGUUCCCCCAGUGCGGCACCACGUACCAGGCCACCAGUGCGCCUCCAGGGUCCAGUACUCCCUGUCCUCCUCCCCGCACUCGCCAUGA